AUGGAAACAAUCACCUGUAAUGGAACAGGGUACUCCUCUACCAUCUUCUACCUUAUGGGUAUCUCCCCUUUGCCCAAAUCCCUCUUCCUUCCUAUUUUCUUUGUCUUUCUCCUCCUCUACUUGCGCAUCCUGAUGGGUAAUGCAUUGGUCCUGGUGGCCGUGGUGGCAGAGCCCAGCCUCCACAAGCCCAUGUACUUCUUCCUAAUUAAACUCUCUACCUUGGACAUUCUUUUCACCACAACCACUGUCCCCAAGAUGCUGUCCCUAUUCUUGCUUGGGGACCGCUUCCUCCAUUUCCCUGCCUGCUUCCCGCAGAUGUACCUAUUCCACAGCUUCUCCUGCUCGGAAGCCUUCAUCCUGGUGGUCAUGGCCUAUGACGGCUAUGUGGGCCUCCCAGUGCACUACCCUGUCCUCAUGACCCCACAGACCAGUGCUGUCUUGGCAGCCAGUGCCUGGCUCACUGUGCUCUUCCUGCCCAUUCCAGCAGUGGUACAGACCUUCCAGAUGGCAUUUGACAGCAUUGCCCACAUCUACAACUACUUCUGUGACCACUUGGCUGUGGUCCAGGCCUCCUGCUCUGACUCUACCCCCCAGACCUUCACGGGCUUCUGCAUCGCCAUGGUAGUGUCCUUCCUCCCACUCCUCCUGGUGCUUUUCUCCUACGCCCACAUCCUGGUCUCAGUGCUUCGCAUCAACUCCCAAGAAGGACGCUCCAAAGCCUUCUCCACCUGCGGCUCCCACCUCCUGGUGGUGGGCACCUACUACUCAUCCAUUGCCAUAGCCUAUGUGGCCUACAGGGCUGACCUGCCCCUUGACUUCCACAUAAUGGGCAAUGUGGUAUAUGCCAUUCUCACACCCGUUCUCAACCCUCUCAUCUACACACUGAGGAACAAGGAUAUCAAAGCAGCCAUCACCAAGAUUUCAUGUCCCCAGGAGCCAAAGAAUGCUAGGAAACCCCGAUUCCCAAAAAUAACUUAA